UGUGAUUGGCUGCUGGCUGCUUGUCAGGAAGAAAGAGCUGCUGUGUUGAGGCCGAAAACUCAGACACAAGCAGGAGCAGUUCGACGCAGGAGUGACUCAGAGUAAGGAUAUUCUCUCUACAUGACACCGGGUCUCCGUUUUUAACGAGCCGGGCUGCCGCGGAGCUGACACCGAUCCUCCGCGCUGCUUCCGCCGAGGCCGCCGCGUCCCCCUUCCGCCUGCCUGCCGCCUGAGCCCCGCUGCCCGCUGCUCUCGGUAAUCCAGACCCGCUGCUGUUAACGGGACUGACGCUGCUGUGUGGCGACGCAGGAGCCAACCAGUCCCAGAUUUAAGUCUCACACAGACCCAGAGGGGACAUAACGGAUCAGCUGUUGCUGUCGGACCGGUUUAACAUCCCGGUGAAGAGCCAACUCCAUGAAGAAGUGCGCGGCGGAGCAGCGUCUCGUUCUGCGCAGACACUGCUGUGACUGAGCUGAAGAAGACAGCGUCUCCUCCUGAAGCAGCUCCGCGGGCUUUGACACUCAGGAUUUAUCUCAUGAAGGCGUUUUGAAGCGGCAGUUUGAAGCUCGUGCAGCAGUGCCAUGAAUCAGCCUGGACCACAGCUGCUGCCCACUUAGAGGUCGCUUCGCCUCUCUUUCCCCCUCUCUUCGGUCCGGAGGAUGCUGGGAAUGUGUCGCGGGCGCAGGAAGUUCCUGGCGGCCUCUCUCGCUCUGCUCUUCAUCCCAGCGCUCACCUGGCUUUACCUCUCGGUCGGGAGCUUCCAAGUGAAGCCCCUCCCUCUGUCCCCGUUGGAAGCCCAGUCAUCUACACCGGCGGGGGGAGCCGGCGAGCGCCAGGCUUUGGAGCUGCGGGUGCGGGCGGUGGAGGAGGAGAACCGGGCGCUGCGCCGGGAGCUCAGCCGGCCACCCAGGAGCCCGUCUGCGCGCCUUCCAAGCGCCGGUCACCGUGGCAACCAGAGCAGAACGCAUUCAGAGGAGGGGACGGGCGACAAUGAGGGACAAAAAGCUGCGGCGGUGGGAAACAGCUCGGACUGCGUGCAGCAGCCGGCCGUGGAUAAGUGUGAGACCAUCCACGUGGCCAUCGUGUGUGCAGGAUACAACGCCAGUCGAGACGUGGUGACGCUGGUUAAAUCCGUCCUCUUUCACAGGCGGAACCCUCUUCAUUUCCAUUUCAUCACAGACUCCAUCGCUCAGCAGAUCCUGUCCUCUCUGUUCCACACCUGGAUGGUUCCUGCCGUCAGGGUGGACUUCUACGACGCAGACGAGCUAAAGUCGGAGGUGUCAUGGAUCCCAAACAAACAUUACUCUGGGAUCUACGGUCUGAUGAAGCUCGUCCUCACCAAGACGCUGCCGUCCGACCUGCAGAAGGUCAUCGUCCUCGACACAGACAUCACCUUCGCCACCGACAUCGCUGAACUCUGGGCCGUCUUUCACAAGUUCAAAGGUCAGCAGGUUCUGGGUCUGGUGGAGAACCAGAGCGACUGGUACCUGGGGAACCUGUGGAAGAACCAUCGCCCCUGGCCCGCCCUGGGGAGGGGCUUCAACACAGGAGUGAUUCUUCUUCUCCUGGAUCGUCUCAGGAAGCUGAGAUGGGAGCAGAUGUGGAGGCUGACUGCAGAGAGGGAACUAAUGAGUAUGCUGUCCACGUCGCUGGCAGACCAGGACAUCUUCAACGCCGUGAUCAAACAGAACCCGUUCCUGGUCCACCAGCUGCCGUGUUUCUGGAACGUCCAGCUGUCGGACCACACGCGCUCCGAGAAGUGCUACAAAGACGUGUCGGACUUGAAGGUGAUUCACUGGAACUCUCCCAAGAAGCUGCGGGUGAAGAACAAACACGUGGAGUUCUUCCGGAAUCUCUAUCUGACGUUUCUGGAGUACGACGGGAACCUGCUGAGACGAGAGCUGUUUGGGUGUCCGAGCGAGGCCGACCACAACAGUGAGAACCUCCAGAAAACUCUGUCCGAGCUGGAUGAAGACGAUCCGUGUUACGAGUUCCGUCGUGAGCGAUUCACCGUCCACAGAACGCACCUCUACUUCCUGCACUACGAGUACGAACCGUCCUCCGACAACACCGACGUCACGCUGGUCGCGCAGCUCUCCAUGGACAGGCUCCAGAUGUUGGAGGCCAUCUGUAAACACUGGGAGGGGCCCAUCAGUCUGGCCCUGUACCUCUCCGACGCCGAGGCUCAGCAGUUUCUGCGUUACGCUCAGGGCUCCGAGGUGCUGAUGAGCCGCGGGAACGUGGGUUAUCACAUCGUCUACAAAGAGGGUCAGUUCUACCCCGUCAACCUGCUGAGAAAUGUGGCCAUGCGGCAGGUCAACACGCCCUACAUGUUCCUGUCAGACAUCGACUUCCUGCCCAUGUACGGCCUCUAUGAGUACCUCAGGAAGUCAGUGGUGCAGCUGGACAUGUCCAAUAAUAAAAAAGCUCUGGUUGUUCCAGCCUUUGAGACGCUGAGAUAUCGUCUCUCUUACCCAAAGUCUAAAGCCGAGCUGCUCUCUCAGCUGGAUAUGGGGACGCUCUUCACCUUCAGGUACCACGUGUGGACUAAAGGCCACGCACCCACUAACUUCGCCAAAUGGCGGACAGCCACCACGCCGUACAGGGUGCAGUGGGAGGCUGACUUUGAGCCUUACGUGAUGGUGAGGAGGGACAGCCCCGAGUAUGACCGCCGCUUUGUCGGCUUCGGGUGGAACAAAGUGGCUCACAUCAUGGAGCUCGACGCACAGGAGUAUGAGUUUGUGGUCCUCCCUAACGCCUACAUGAUCCACAUGCCUCACGCCCCGAGCUUCGACAUCACCAAGUUCCGCUCCAACAAACAGUACCGGGUCUGCCUGAAGACCCUGAAGGAGGAGUUUCAGCAGAACAUGUCGCGGCGCUACGGCUUCGCCGCGCUCAAAUACAUGACUGCCGAGAACAACAGCUAGCUACCACUGCAGACCCCCACACACCCCCCCCCCCCCCCGCCAUGAACUACUGACACGCUCUCUGGGCGGGGGCGGAUGGUGGAGGAAACAGGGACAGCCUGGGUGAGGCUGACCUGAGGAUUUUAGACUGCCUCUGACUUUUACAGAACGUUCGACCCUCAGCGUGGGACUGCGAGGGUCUUUAUGUCCAUUCUUUGUCCUCGGCUGUGGAUGGAGAGAUGAUCCAGGAGGAGAUCACUCACUAAAGCUCUGAAAGACGACAACAAUUACAGCUAGACCCAAACCAGAACCUGGUUUAUGUUGGCCCAAAGAUCCGGCCCUUAAGUGUGACAGACAGCAGGCAAAGAAAAACAGACAUUCAACGCCUCGCCAUAUUUGUAAGAGCAGUGACAGAGCUGUGGGCUGGGUGUAACGUUAAGGAUGAGUGUGUGUGUGUGUGCAGAUAAAUGAAAUGCGUGACUGCGUAAGUAUGUGUGUGUGUACUGGUGUGUCUGUAUGUAUGUGUGUGUGUGUGUGAGUGUGUUCCUCCAGGACAGCGUUUAGCUAAAAGCCUAAGCAAAGCUGAAGAUGUGAAACAUUUCAUUCUGAGCUGCGCCGGCGGUUUGAUUGACAGCUCACCCCGACUCGAAUGCAAAUCGUCAGCAGGCGGCGAGAUAAGACAAAGCGGUAAACACGUCCACACAGAUUUACAGAAUCUCAUUGUGACGACUGACACACACACACACACACACACACACACACACACUGAGAUAGUGUGGCGAGCAGCCAGCCAGCGAGCGUCUGCUGCUGCUCCGUUUGUUUGAUCGCUGAUACACAUCGGAAUAAGUCGUCAGCAGCGACAACGUUAAGUGCAGGGAUGGGUGGAGGUCAUCAAUGCUACAGAAUGUUUCCUGUUUGAACCUGACAGCAGAUGGUGAGUGUGUGUGCGUGCGUUUGUUUUUUGAUCGGGGUGAGGUGUGCACAAACACCUGAAGUCCUGCCGCCGUGUGAGCCUGCAGGAGGCGACACAGCGCUUACUGAACUCACUGUUUACUCGUCCCUCCAACAAUCAGUAUUAUUUAUCAGUGUGUUUACAGUCCUGAUGGGCGGAGCCUGGAGGAGUUGGUGGGGUCUCCUGUCCCCCUCGGAUCCUCUUGACGGUGUGAUGAGGAGGGAUAGUUAAAACUGUGAAACUCUGAAAAUCAAACUGACAGACAGAGUCAGACACUCCCCCCUCUCUCUCUCUCUCUCUCUCUCUCUCUCUCUCUCUCUCUCUCUCUCUCUCUCUCUCUCUCUCUCUCUCUCUCCUUUACUUUGACAACAGUUUGGUGGUGUCCAGUGAAACUGCAGCUUUUUGUGUUCUUGAUGGACAUUGGUUUGGAGCAAGCAACAACCUCCGGUGUUGAUAAAUUCAGCCGAUGUGGAUUCAUCCCCUUCAUGAUGUGCACAUAACAGCCACAUGUUCUGUUACUUCUUUCCUUUUCUGCAGCCUUUUCAUAUUUAUUAUAACGUGCAUGAAGCUGUAUUCCUCACAUUCAGAACGUACAUGAGAUUUCUCUGCAAAACAGAAAUCUUUUUCUAGCUGGAGUAGCCGUAGUUUCAGUUGUUUUUUUUUGUCACACACCAAGGAGACCGUCGGCCGUCGGUCCAACUAGGCGAGCGGUCGUCGCCCCAAUUUGUUGAGGUGUGUCCGUCUCCGUUGCUACCCGUGGACCUUUUUUCUGUCGAUUCGACAUGUUGAAUCGGCGUCGGUCGGUGAGAAGGAUCUCUCUGAUUGGCUGUUUGGAGGUUUAAUUUCUCUCCAGCUCUCGACUCAGGUUCAGGAAAGCCCCUUGAGCACGCCGCUGUAGUAUUCAUGCUUUCACCCAUUAGUGUGGUUUCUCCUUAUUGGUCGCCUCCGCCUCUUCUUUUCUUUUUCCACUAAAAGACCAAGGGCUGACAACGCCAGCGCCAUUUUCAACUUUUUAUCAGACAUUUUUCUCCAUUAGUAGACUACCUAUAAUACGAGUGGUGACCGACAGCGGUGUGAAAAUGGUCUUCUGGUAUCAUAACAGCGGACUACCGCCCCCUGCUGGCAUGGAGAGUUAUUUCCUCUCACGCAUGAGCAGAACGUACGUGGUGGUUGGCCGUCGGCUGUAGUCUUUGCGGUGUGUUUAAGUGCAAGUUCUUUGCUGUCUGCUUGGUCAGGGCCUGUAGACUAGUCUGGUUUGAACCAGUCCUGAAACUUUCUGGUACUUCAUAUAAACACCAGAAGAGGAUUUAGUAAAAGACACAAACCAUCUUAAACUCGGUCGCACUGAUGAAGUUGUGUAGGGACCGUCUGAAGAUGUAUCACCUGUAUCGCCUCUCUCUCCACCAUCGUGGAUCAUUCAGUGGUUAAACUGAUCAGGGAGCAGAUUACCAACGCACCUCAUUUGUUCACAAUGUUAAAACGAUCUGAGCCUCUUCAUUACUUUAAACUCUAGCCCAAACACUGAGUCCUGACGGAGGAACACUAAAAGAGAGACAGAUGGUGUGAAACCCCCCCCCCCACACUUUGUCUCAGUAUUCGUUUAAAAAAUGUGCUUCUAACAGUCGUGUUUAAGCCCAGCUCAGUCACACUUUCCCUGCUUCUUUGAUGCUCUAGUAAGAAAAACCAGUCCAUCAUAGAUUUGACCGUUGGGGUCAAAGUUUGAGGCUACAAUCGAUUGAGAGUUGCAGAUUUUCCAAACCUGAAAAUACAGUACCGUUACAGGAUCAGGAACUUUUCACACCUCUAGAUCGUUUGCUCUGGUCUGAAUCAUGGACUAAUUUGUUCCAUUGUUGCUUAAUUACCUCAAAUUUGGUCUGUGUUCAAACGGGGACAUUUAUAACACCAGGGAAAAUGCUCUCUGAUUGGUCAGAAUUUCAAAGACUAGCUUCCUCCUGGUUGGCUGUGGCUGCUCCAAAGACUCUUUCCGGUUUCUAAAUGGACAGACGACUACACGGAGUGAUGCAGGCUCUGCUCACCACAUGUUAAUCCUCCUGAACCUGGGAGGAUAAACAUAAAGAGGGAGUCAUGUGACCUCUGAGUUUACCUGAGCAUUUGCCCUGGUUUCAUGGAAGACAUGCUCAUACACCCCAACUGUUUCUGAAGAUCCGUCAGGUAUGCUUCCCGAAAAACAGUGGACAGAGACCCACCUUUUCAAGAGGCCUUUGCGCGGUUGUUAUGUCCACGCCAGGGUUUGAUUGACAGCUUUCACACCAGCACAGGCGAACCGCACAUACUUAGCAAACGCAUUCAAGUUUGUGUUAACCGUACCAAACAGGUUACAUCUGAAAACAACCUUAGAUCGGUUAAAAAGUUCCUCCAAAUCCAAAACAUCCACAGUUCUGAGAUCAUACUGUUGUGAAACUAGAGGCCUCUCUCUCUCUCUCUCUCUCUCUCUCUCUCUCUCUCUCUCUCUCUCUCUCUCUCUCUCUCUACAGAAAAGCUGCAGAAAGGCUCAGAGCAGUCAUCCAGGUCUAAGUGUUUGUGUGUGUGAAUAAAUGAAUACGCUGUGUGUCUUGAUUAUACGUGUGUGCUCAGUAUGCGGAAGUGUGUGUGUGUGUGUGUGUGUGGAGUCUGACUGUGAUGUGAGUGUGUGUGUGUGUAUUUUGCAGGAAGGAGCUGCGGUGUGUAAGUAGGACAGUCUGACUGAUGCUGCUACCUGAAUAAAAGCAAAGAGUCAAACACG